AUGCCAGAUACACCAGAUUGGAUAGCUUCACACAAGCAAUGGGAUGAAAAAACCGCCGAUAACCUUAUCGCACUUCUCGAAAAUGAUACAAAAGUAAAGCUGGCCGGUAUUGAUGUUGAUGGCAUAUUACGAGGAAAGCUUGUCUCCAAAAAGAAGUUCCUGGGGAUCGCAAAGGAAGGGUUUGGAUUCUGUUCGGUCAUUUUUGGUUGGGAUAUGCAUGAUCAGACUUAUUUCAAAGAAUUGAAAAUUAGUAAUGCUGAGAAUGGUUAUCAUGAUAUUAUUGCGAUUCCAGAUUUGACUAGCUUCAGAAGGAUACCAUGGGAAGAUAAUGUGCCUUUUUUUUUGGUUAGCUUUUAUGAUCCAGAUACGGGAAAUCCGGUGUCUGCGUGUCCGAGAGGACUGUUGAAGACGGCAGUGGAAAAGUUACAGGCCAAUGGAUUAGGUGCAAUGGCUGGAGCUGAGUACGAAUUCUUUCAAUUUAAGGCACCGGCGAGCAAUCCUCACGCACCAAUUUCGGAACGAAAUACCUCUUCUACAGCAACCUUUCUACGAGAAAACCCAGUCGAUUCAUUACCUUCCUUGACCGAAGGAAUGUUCGGAUAUAGUUUAACUAGGCCAGUUCAUAACCAAGAAUAUUAUUAUGGCAUAUAUGAUGCAUGCGAACAAUUCAACUGUGGAAUAGAAGGAUGGCACACAGAGAGUGGACCUGGUGUUUUUGAGGCUGCUUUGGCAUUUGGAGAAAUUCAACAAAUGGCAGAUAAAGCAAGCUUGUUCAAAUAUGUUGUAAAAUCAGUAGCAACAAAAUAUGGUAUUACUCCAUCUUUUAUGGCAAAACCACGACAAGGUUUACCAGGAAAUAGCGGACACAUGCACGUUUCAAUUGUCGAUAAAGAUGGCAAGAAUCUCUUUUUCCGAGAAACCAAAGACACCGAAGCAAAAUGGAAAGAUAUUGAGAACCUGUCAGAUAUGGGCCGUCAUUUCCUUGCUGGAAUAUUGGAAGGGCUUCCAUAUGUUAUGCCACUACUUGCACCAAACGUCAACUCUUACAAACGUUUGGUAGAGAACUUUUGGGCUCCCGUAACAGUAUCAUGGGGUCUUGAACAUCGUGCAGCUUCUGUUCGCUUGAUUGCACCUCCAACCUCUAAACCAGGCGCCACACGUUUCGAAAUUAGAGUACCAGGUGCAGACACAAAUCCAUUCUACGUGCUAGCAGCCAUCUUAGCAUUAGGAUGGAGGGGAGUAGAAAAGAAAUUGGAAAUUCAACAACCACCUUUAGGAAAAGGUCAAGAUGUAGGAGGAAAAGCGGAUCCAGGGGUAAGAUUAGCGAAGAAUUUACGAGAAGCUACAGAAAAAUUUAUGGAGAAGGAUAGUAUUGCGAGAGAGGUAUUUGGAGAUGAAUUUGUGGAACAUUAUGGUGGGACUAGGGAACAUGAAAUUAGGUUAUGGGAUGAGGCUGUUACAGAUUGGGAAGUUAGAAGAUAUAUUGAAUCUGUAUAA